AUGUCUUUGAAGGAAACCAAGUUGGAAGAUGGAUACUCUGUAUCUUCAUCCCAAUUUCAAACAACAACAGAACAACUUAGUAGUGACUCCAAAGCCAAUGACUCACCCUUUAUCUCAUUUUUCAAAUCAUUUAAGGUUGACAAGACUAAAGUUAUCAAAGGCGCAGAUGUACUUACGCCAGAAGACAGCCUACGAAAUUACCAAAUAAAGUUGAUUGCACUUUCCUCUUGUAUUGGGUCUGGUUUAUUUAUCAGCAGUGCAUCCAUGAUAUCCUCUGCCGGUCCAGCAGGAACGGUUAUUGGUUACUCGAUUGUGGCAAUUUUGAUGUUUUUCGUUGUUCAAGCUUUGGGAGAAUUGACAAGCUCUUACCCGGUUAGGGGGAAUUUUCUUAUUUACAACUCGCGUUUCAUUGACGAAUCAUGGGCAUUUGCUAUGAACUGGAACUAUUGUAUGCAAUGGAUCGUUUCCAUUCCAUUAUCACUAGUUGGUGCAUCAAUGACUAUUCAAUUUUGGAAUGAUAAUAUCAAUCCUGGUGCUUGGGUUGCCAUUUUCUGGGCGUUUUUGUGCGCAAUUAAUAUUUUUGGAGUCAAGGGGUAUGGGUAUGGCGAAAGUGUGUUUUCAGUGAUCAAAGUCGUCGCUAUUUCUGGAUUUGCCAUUUUGGGUAUAAUUUUGGUUGCUGGUGGAGGUAAACAAGGAUAUAUUGGUGGUAAGAACUGGCACCCCCCUUUUGCUAAUGGGUUCAGGGGUACGUGCAACACGUUAGUCAAUGCUGCAUUCAGUUUCGCUGGUACCGAAUUGGCAGCAAUUGCCGCCGCUGAGACUUCAAACCCACACAAAGCAUUGAUUAAAGCGACAAAGCAGAUAUUUUGGAGGAUUGCAGUGUUUUACAUGUUGUCUGUGAUAUUGUUGUGCUUUUUGGUUCCUUUUAACGACCCCAAAUUAUUGGGUAAUUCCAAUUCGUCAGCAUCGCCAUUUGUUAUUGCCAUUUCCAACGGUGGCAUCAAGGUGUUGCCAUCGAUAUUCAAUGCAGUUAUCCUAAUUGCGCUUUUAUCAGUCGCAAAUGCUAGUGUUUUUGCCACUUAUAAGCCAUUGGUUGCAUUAGCUGAGGCUGGUCACGGACCCAAGUUUUUGGCAUACCUUGAUCGUAAAGGAAGACCAAUUUUUUCCAUCUUGAUUGCCUUGGCGUUUGGUUUGAUUGGGUUUGUGGGUGCCUCGAAGAACCAAGAAACUGUGUUCACAUGGUUGUUGGCAUUGAGUGGAUUAUCGUGUAUAUUUAUUUGGUUUUCGAUAUCAUUGGCUCAAGUUCGUGUGAAUUAUGCAUGCAAAGUACAAGGAUUGGACUUGUACCGUCCAUUUAAGGCUAUUGGGGGAGACUAUGGUGCAUAUCUUUCACUACUUUUGAAUGUUUUAAUUCUCAUGGCUCAGUUUUACGUUGCUUUGUACCCAAUUGGUGGCAAAGCAUUGCAAGCAGAUACCUUUUUUCAAGCAUAUUUGGCUGCUCCUAUAGUGUUGGUGUUGUAUGUUGGCCACAAGAUUUGGACGAGGAAUUGGAAAAUGUACAUCAAAGCUGAAGAUAUGGAUCUUUUAACUGGUAGAAAUGAAAUCGAUAUGGAUGUUGCGAUGCAGGACCAUUACGAUGAAAAACAAAGGUGGAAGCAAAAGCCGUGGUGGUAUAAGGCUCUAGAUAUAUGGUGUUGA